AUGUUCGGUCUAUUCUCUUCUCUCAGUGCCUGUACUGUAUCACUUGUGUUUCCAGUGAUUGCAUCGUACAAAGCACUCGCUGCUAACGACCUCUCGCUACUUCGACCUUGGCUCAUGUACUGGAUCGUUUUGGGAGUAGGUCUCUCCUUUGAGGCAAUGUUCGAACCAUUACUCCGCUUGGUCCCCCUAUAUGGCUACCUGCGAUUCUUCACCCUGCUCUGGCUGGUACUGCCGCAGACUAAAGGUGCUAUUUUCCUGUAUACGAGCUACUUUGAGCCAUGGCUGGAUCAGCACAAUGGAGCUCUGGACGCGUUUGCCGUCAACGCAUACAUUAGAGUACGCAAUAUCGUUGCGCACUAUCUCAAUUCCUACUUGGGCUUCUCAAUUGCUAUGACUGAGCUGUCAGGCUCUGACCAAACUGCUCCCGACCAGCAAGUGUUGUCGAUAUCGCAAUCGCUAUACUCCCGCUUCAGCCUUCCAGUACCUUCAGACUACAAGCUGGGGGCUUUUCUUGCCAAUUGGAAGUCUCCGCCAAAGGCCCCCAAGGCGUACCAGGAAAAGUACAGCAAGCUACUUGAGUUGGCUGCAUCUCUGGAGAAAUUGAGGGAUGAUGGGCUGGACAGUGACGGCUACGAUGUGAUUGACUCGUCGGCUGUCUCUACUGGACUACCUGCUAGUCCAAACACAGAGGCAAAGCGUAGAGGCUGGUGGUGA